UGAGGCGUGUGGGAGUGCCUCGUUUCGGGUCGCUCCCGGGGAUGCUGAAUAUGGAAGCAAACGUUGACCCGUCGGAGCUGCAGCCGCUGGGGGAGUAUGACUUCGAGAAGAACUUCAAUCACCUGGCAGCCAGGAAAUGGAUGGAGGAGAAUUGGCAAAAGUCUUUUAUUUUUGCUGUUAUUUAUUUCAUCCUGAUCUUUGGUAUCCAGCAUUUCAUGAAGGAACGGAGGCCCUUCAAUCUGCGUACACCACUGAUCCUGUGGUCCUUCAGCCUGACUUUGUUUAGUUUGAUUGCAGCCUGUCGGGUCUGGAAGCAGAUGGCCUUCCUCCUCCUUACCAAGGGAUUUAAGCAAUCAGUGUGUAGUCAAUCUUUCUACAUCCACCCCGUUUCCAAGCUUUGGAUGUAUCUAUUUGCACUGAGCAAACUUGUCGAAAUGGGUGACACUCUGUUCAUUGUUCUCCGGAAAAAGAAGCUCAUGUUCGUCCACUGGUACCACCACUUUUCAACGAUGAUUAUGAGCUGGUAUGGCUAUAAGAUUAUGGCCAUUGGUAUGGGGUGGAAUGCAGCCUUGAACCUCAGUAUCCAUUCUGUGAUGUAUUUGUACUACACUGUAACAGCCAUGGGCUUCCGGGUACCGCGCUCCAUCACCAUGCUAAUCACCACUUCACAGAUGCUGCAGAUGACAGGAUUUGUAAUAAUGAACAUCUUUAUCGUCUUCUGGAUGGAUGAUAAGCUCUGCCAAGGUACCUGGGCAAUGCUUUUCCUUUCAUCGAGCUUGUAUACCACUUUAUUGGCCCUCUUCUUCAACUUCUUCAUGAAAGCUUACCUGAGUAGCAACCAGAAAUCAAAGUUAAAUUAAAUUAAAUUAAUGCUUAAUUUAAGCAGCUCUGUCCGCAGAGUAUGUCAGGAAUUGCCAAUUGUCCCAGCCCAUGCCCAGUCUCAUGGGCUGGGAGUCUCAGAGUCAACUUGUCUCUGGGUGCAUCUUCCACUGGGUGAUGUGUUAAAACAACUAAUAAAUACUGUCAUGUAUUGAUUGA